CUGCAGUUGCUUAGGGCAAGGGCUGCACCAGGGCUGUCAAUCUUCAAUCUUCACUUUUCAAUUUCAGAGCGAUGGGGAAGAAAUCAAAGAGUUCUAGGAAGGGGAAGAAGGCAUGGAGAGCAAACAUAAGCUCUGCAGACGUUGAGGAUUUCUUUGAGAAGUCCACAAAGGAUGCUCUCUCCGGUGGCUCACUCGCUGCCGUUCCCAGCGAUUCCCUUUUCGUCGUCGACAAGUCCAGAGAUCUCUCUGUGAAGCGGAAAAUCGAAAAGAAACGGGAAAAAACACUUUAUUGUGACAGCAUAUUGAAAAAGAAUCCGUUUGUCCAACCUGUGCCUUCUUCAACACAUAAUAAAUCCAAGAAAAAAUCUGAAGAGCCUUCCAAAGCUAAAGAAAUCCCUCAACAUGAUGCCAAGGUUGGCGUGUUUGAUCUAUGGGAUGAUAAAGGGGAAGAUAGAAGCAAGAUCAGUAAGAAACCAAAGUCAUCUAUUAUUCCAGCAGUAGAAGUUGAGCCCCCUGGAUGUUCGUUCAAUCCAUCACAUGAAAGUCAUCAGGAUAUAUUGGCCCGUGCCGUUGCAGAAGAAAUGCAGAAAGCAUACCGAAAGGAGCUAGGGCCUGAGCCAGUUCCUUUGACAGUCCAGGGAGAAGUUAUUAGUGAAGAAGAUAUGUUAUUUUUGGAUGCUGAUAAUGAUACUGAUGAUGACACCAAUUUGGACAAUAUGGAUCAGGAUGUAAAUAAUGAAUCAGAAAAAAGGCCUUUGAAGAUGAAGAGGGUUACUCGGGUUGAACUAAAUAAGAGAGCUAGACAAAAARAACAGCUCAGAAAGGAAGCUGAAGCAAAAAAGUUGGCAGGAAUUUCUAAAGAAAUUGACAGCUUGCCAGAUAUCAUUCAAGAAAUAGCAAAAGAAGACGAGGAGAAACAAAAAAGACAUAUCCGACGAACGAUAGCCAAACAGGAGAGAUUAAAGUCAUGCCCACCUCGCUUGGGGAAGCACAAGUUUGAGCCUGCUCUGGUUCAAGUCCUACUAUCCGAAGAAAUAACCGGGUCGCUUCGCAAGUUGAAGGGCUGUUGCACACUUGUGAAGGACAGGUUUAAGAGCUUAGAGAAACGAGGAAUAAUUGCCCCUACUGCCAAGAGCAGAAGGAAAUAGGAAUGAAUUUGUUUUAUUGUUGAACUCGAUAGACCGAGUGGCGAAUUCGAUGAGAUGAUGGUGAUGGUUUUAGUUUAAAGCAACUAGAUUGAACAAUAUAGGAACCAAGAAGUUCAAAAGAUGUAAUUUUAUCUUUUUCAAUUUUUAACUUGCUCUUUCUUCGAAGAAUGCCUUUCCUCUCUGUCUCUCUCAACCAUCUAUAAUGAUUGCCCCUUUUAUUUCUUUUAGAGAGGUCGAGUUUAAAUUUACAUGUCUUAUUAGAAUUUUGGCUUAUUAAAAACAUGUACAUGUCUUUUAUCAGAAUUUUAUUUGGUUAAUUUUGGCUGGAUUUAUAUGAA